AUGCAGAUUCGGCAACUGCAUGCCAAAUACGGUGCUAAACUCCUAAAGGUUUGGGAUGAGGGAACAUGGCCGAAAAGAAAGCUGGUGGGAGAAGGGGGAACCUCUGCAAAACGCCCCCCCACCACCUCCAGCAACUCCCCUGAAGGGAGUAAGAACCAAGAGUUUCCAGUUUUCCUGCUCUCUGUCAGAAUAAUAAAAGCCAAUAUACUCACCUCCAGAGAUGCACUGACUUCAUCUGAUUGCUACGUGACCUUGUAUCUGCCGACAUCAUCACUUGAGAAAUUCAGAACCCAAGCCAUUAAGGACUCUGCUAAUCCAGUUUGGAACGAGACAUUCUACUUUAGAAUCCAAACUAAGAUCAAGAAUAUCUUAGAGUUGGAGGUCUGUGAUGCUGAUCCAGUCACCAAAGAUAACAUACAAUUUACCAUUGCUUUUGACUUGGAAAAAGUCUGGCCUGGAGCUACAAUUCUUGAGAUAUUCUCUUUGAAACCAGAGAGUGAUGCUUGUCAUUAUUCUAAUGAUGAUUCUCUAGAAGUGGAAUUCAGAUUAUCAGAACUUCCAGGUCCUGUUGAGCACUUUGUUUCCAAUUGUGUGCUUGCGGCCCGUGAACUUUCCAUCCUGAAUGUAAAGGUGGACAAGGAAUUGAAUGAGAAACUUUUGAAAGCAAAGAAAAAUGUAGUGCUUACUGUGCAAGAGUCUUAUGAAGGAACACAGAAGACAACCAAAGAUUUAAACUCCUUCUGUUUUCACUGCAUAAAGAUCUGGGGACCAGUACUAAAAGUCAAGCUUCAGAAUAUUUCUUGCAAGGAGGAGAAUGAUUCAGGCUAUUCUUUAGUUCUACCCUUGAAAUUUCUUCCAGAGGGACAAGAAGUCAACAUAGACUUACCAGUGAAGGAGGCAAGUGUGGCUUCUUUUAAUCAGUUUUCACCCUUGAUGGACACCUGGAGCAGCCAGGGGCCACAGGACCUUGAUGUGCGUUUGGGAUAUGAACUGUGCGCAGAGGAGCAGGAUUUCCUGCAAAAAAGGAAGCGAGUAGUUGCUGAUGCCUUAAAAAAGCUUUUUGAUCUGAGACUAGACCUAUUGGAAGAUGAGGUCCCGGUGGUAGCUGUUAUGGCAACAGGAGGUGGAUGUCGAGCAAUGGCAGCUCUGUAUGGUCACCUCUUAGGUCUCCAAAAACUGAACAUUUUGGAUUGUGUUUCCUAUAUCACCACUUCUUCUGGAUCAACAUGGACGAUGACAAACUUGUACCAAAAUCCUGACUGGUCACAUAAAAGUCUGGAUGAGCCCAUCAAAGCAGUUAAAAGACAGAUGCUGAAGAGCAAGUGGGACAUCAUUUCCAUUGAACGGUUGAAGUACUAUCACAAAGAGCUGGUUGAGCGGGCUGAAAUGGGACACAUUCCAUCUUUUACAUGUCUCUGGGCCCUCGUUCAAGAAGGCGUCCUCCAUGAUGGUGCAAAUAAGAAUAAACUUUCAGAACAACGUGCAGCUUUGAAUCGGGGCCAGAACCCUUUGCCCAUCUACACAGUCAUAAAUGUCAAAGAGAAACUUGUAAGCACUUUUGACUUCAGAGAAUGGGUGGAAUUUUCUCCUUAUGAAGUGGGGUUUUUGAAAUAUGGCACCAGCAUUCGCACAGAAGAUUUUGAUAGUCAGUUCUUCAUGGGGAAAAUAGUGAAGAAGCUCCCAGAAUCCCGGAUUUGUUUUCUGGAAGGCAUCUGGACGAAUAUUUUCUCUCCAAAUCUGCUGGAUGGUUUGUACUGGUCCUCAUCACCAGAAGAGUUUUGGGAACGAUGGGUCAAAGACAUGGUAGAGAGUGAGGAUAACAACUCCUAUGAUGGAUACACAAUCUACAAGCCUCCCUCUGGUGCUGGAAAAUUCUGUAAAAUUUUUAAUGACAUUUUAACUGAUCGUCCUUUAAAGGAGGGAACUCACAACUUCCUGAGAAGCCUUGACUUUUGUAACAAUUAUUUGGAACAGAAAGAUUUUAUUUAUUGGAGAGAUACUGUGUUGGAUACUUCUCCUUACAAGCUGACACCAACUGAAAAAUCCCUCUGCUUAAUAGACAUAGGAUUUUUUGUUAACAAUAGUGGGCCACCACUCCUCAAGCCAGAGAGGAAUGUGGAUGUCAUCAUUGCUUUGGAUUAUGAUAUGAGUGAAGUCUUCAAGCAAAUAGAGAUGAUGGCAAAAUACUGUGAAGUGCAAGGUAUCCCUUUUCCAAAAGUUGACCCAACCGAAGAAGACAGAAAGAAUCCUAAGGAGUGCUAUGUGUUCUCAGAUGACGAUAAUCCCAAAGCUCCAAUACUGGUUUAUUUCCCACUGGUGAACUGCACCUUCAAAGAGUAUAUAGCACCAGGAGUGAAACGUACUCCUUCACAAAUGAGUGGAGGUGAAGUAAAUGUGGGCCCACAUGAAUCUCCAUAUAAAACAUUGAAUCUAACCUAUUCUUCUGAAAACUUUGACAGACUGUUAAAUCUAAGCACCUAUAAUAUUCUCUUUAGCAAAGACCGGAUCCUACAAUCCAUCCAGCGUGCAAUGCAGAAGAGGCUAAACAUUCGGCCAAGAAAUUUGAACACCAGUUCAGUCUAGAAAAUAAUUCUGUCUCCUAGAUGAGUGGAGGCUUUAACAUUCAGCUAUGAACAAUUAAAAUUGUUGGAGGUACAGCAAUCAUUUAUUAUAUACAGUAAUGCAGUUUGUAACUGACAUUUGCAUACUUCCUACCCUGCCCAGUUUGAGUUGGUAGUUUUCAAAUGCUUAUUUAUUAACUUUUUUUCCUUUUUUUGCUGCUGCCAUCCUAAUUUGGGCUCACACUUAGUUGGUAACUGGUGGAGAACUCAAAAAUAGUUUCAGGAGGCGGUAUUGAGGACACUCAGUUUUCUCAGGUUAUUUUGAGCCAAUAUUAAACAUAGUGCCAUGAAUGUAUUGUAGCACAUGUCCUUACUGAUAGGUUAAUAAAACCUAUUGGAAAUAA